CCGACUCAAGACGACAAUGGGAAGCAAUUUGCGGAUCAUAAGUAUACUGCUGUCUGUUAUAAAAUUUGAUGUAAUUAGUGCAUGGGGAGAAUCUAUACCAUCAGACUGUGAAAGUUAUGAAUUUUUUGGAAAUUGCAACAAGGAAGACUUAUGUUUUUGCUAUAGCAGCCCAUUGCAAUGGUAUCGUACCUCGUUUGCUGGUUUAAGAAGUUUUACUUCUGAGUUCCAAUCCUUUUCGGAUAUCUGUGGUGCCUGUUCUAGUCUUGAACCGGGAAAGUGUAUAAAUCAAACCGCUUAUUUGCUGAUAACCACAAAUGUCGAACAUUUAAAUGUAAUACAACAAAUCACCGAUACACAAUGUUCGCAGAUGUUGACAGUUAGUCAAACAACUACAAUAUCAACGACGACUGGGGGACAGGACAUGACGUCAACCGCAUACACGACAUUGUCAACCAAUGAGCAAACAACACGUACCGAAGCAUCCGUGACAGGGGUUAGUCAAACAACUACGCUAUCAACAGCGACAACCGGGGGACAGGGCAUGACGUCAACUGCAUACACCACAACAUCAACCAACGAGCAAACAACACGUUCUGAGACAUCUUCGUCAUACGUUAGUCAAACAACUACAAUAUUUACGGCGACUGGGGCACAGGACAUGACGUCAACCGCAUACACGACAUUGUCAACCAAUAAGCAAACAACACGUACCGAAGCAUCCGUGACAAGGGCGACAACCGGGGGAGAGGACAUGACGUCAACUGCAUACACCACAACAUCAACCAACGAGCAAACAACACGUUCUGAGACAUCUUCGACAGAUGCUAUGUGUCCUUGUCAAUGUGAGUAUUUUGAUAAGAUAGAGUACUGGGCCAAGGAAAGUAACCAGCGCAAACAGUAUGAAGAACUGAGCAAGAAACUGGCUGAAAUCAAAGAUAUCCUGAAAAUGGAAACAAAAAACCUAAGCUCCUUUGUUAAUAAGAAGAUAAGCGCUGCCGAUGACCGUCCGUCUGCGGUUGCCACCGGGUUCUUGGGGGCUGGCAUCAUCACCAUUGUGCUGGCUGGUAUAGUCUUGCUUGAUCUUCCUGUGAUUAUUCAGCAAGCUAGGUUCUUAUUCAGGGACAUCAAACGAAUGUGUGUUCGAGCACAAUAACUUAAUUUCUACGUUGAUGAGCCUAACCCUUAAGCAUAAUGUUGUUUAAAAGCCAUCAUUUUUCUAUAUAAUUAUGUCCUCUAUAUGGUAAUGAAUAAUUGUUUGCAGUGCCCAAUCUCUUAGUGCGUUCAAAAACUUCAAAAACCUUAGAGGCAUAAGCUAAUUGGAUAUUUUCUUUUGGUAAAAUUGUAUUAGUUUUCUUUGAUAUAGAACAUAAAGGUGUCGAUAUAAAAUACCUGCCAUCUCAUUCUAUCAAUGGUACACAUUGAUCGAACUGUGCGAGUGUAGUUUAUGGAUAGUCAUUAGAAACGAGUCUCACUUCACAAGUUUUAAACGCAAUGUUUAAUUCAUAGAGCUGGAUGGACAAAGCAAUUUUCAAACUCUUUUAUAAAAACAGACAUGUAUAAAAAUACAGGAAAGAAUUAUUCAAAUUACUCUUAACUGAAUUUUAUUCUUUACGAUAUACCAGUGUUGCUAAAAUAUUUCGUCAAGGUUAUCUACUAUUUUUGACUGUCAAAGUUGAGUACCAGUGAUCCUAAAUUAUAUCAAUAAUCGUAAAAAUUAGUUUCGACCAUUUUAACUUAAAUUAACAUUAUUGAUUGCCAUUGCUGAACGUUGCCAUUUACCAAUGUAUUUUUCAUCAGCUUAUUAAUUUACAAAGACUGCACGAUAGAUUUUCUUAAUAACUGGUGCCUCUAACCAGAUUCAAACAGAAUUGUUUAAUAUAUUUAUAUAUACGAUUGUACUCUCAUACCAUUACGUGUAUCCAUUGAUCCUUGUACUUUUAAUGUUCAAUAUUGAUUUAUUGACACACUGUUUUAAUUUUCACGGUAAAAUACUAGUGAGUUGUUAUAACUGGGAACCGGACCGUUUGUAUAUCAAUUUGUUUGUAUGUUUGCUUGUAUGUAAUUUGCUUAUUAGGGUAGGCCUGUCUUUCAAUCCCUCCCUACUUGCAAUAGGCAAUCCUUCUUUAUUUGUACCUGCCUGAUGUUGAAUGCGUGCGCUUUGCUUAAAAAAUCAAAAUUAUUUGAAUAGGCAUACAGACAUUACAGUAAAAUGCGCAAUACCUUUGUUUUUAAAUGAAUGAGAAUACAAAGUGUUUUUUUAACCAUUUAUCGAUAACCGGUCGCAAGUAGACCAUAUUUGGAUGACGCAUACAGAGUUAAAGUAAUAUUCAAUUAUAUGGCUUCUUCUUUUAACUGCUAGAAAUUUCAUAAUGUGAAAAUUGUUAUUUAUUUUGGUGAUCAGCUUUUGCCGAUCACAGUUUUGUCUGAUCAGUUUUGUCCGGAUGAGGCAUCCGGCAAACUUCACUAUUUGCGCACAUAUUAUGCUUUUCAUGCUUUGCUAACUUUGAUGUGACGGCUUGUUAAUGUAAAUAUUUAAUUAUAGUAUCAUUAAUAACUAAGGAAAAAUAUUCUAAUGUAUUUGACUUGAGAUUUGAAAAUGUAUACAAAAUGAUUAAAGCAUGUUUUGUGUUUCUUUAAAUGGGUAAUACUUUUGUUCGCAAGUACACCUUGUCUUCUUAAUGAAAGAUACUUCGUUCCUUGCCAUUUCGGAAAGCAACAAAACCGCGCGAUUUAUCUUAUCUAAUGCUUGUUGUACUUUUGGGGGAAAAACCAGUUUAUGCUGACAACUGAUUUCACAUGCCGAUCAUUUCUUUAAAGGGAAUGUUUGGAUGUUAAGGGAAAGUGUAGACGUUUGUCAAAAUUCACCAAAUAUUGAAUGUGAAUCAAGUUUCAAACGAAAUUCAAAGUUUACAAUUCAUAUACUGCAGAUCGGCAUUACCAGAUUAAUGGAAAAGUAAGAUUUGCAGCAACUUUGUACCGAUGUCUAUAAAGAGGCAUGGUUAGGAUUUUGGUAAUAUUUUGUUUUUUUUGUUGCUAACAAUGCUUUAGAAAUGCAAUUCCAAUGAUCAACAAAAAUUUGAGAAUUUGUCGGAGAGUAAUAAGCAAGUUACAGAGCUCACAAUUAUUUUACAU